AUGGAUUCCAAAGUAAAGAUAAUGAUAAAGCUCAUAGAAGCAGAUGCAGAUUCGUUUGCAAGAAGGGCAGAAAUGUACUACAAGAAACGUCCAGAGCUCAUGAAACUUGUGGAAGAGCUUUACAGAGCUUACCGCGCUUUAGCUGAGAGGUACGAUCACACAACGGUGCAGCUUCGUCAAGCGCAUAAAACCAUGGUUGAGGCGUUUCCUAACCAGAUUCCUCCCGGCAUGCUUGAGGAUUCUGCAUCAUCUUCUUCUUGUGAGUCUCAUACAACAGACCUUCACAAGGAUGGUGCUGAUGCUGAAGUUGAAGGAUUGAAGAGAACAUUGCUUGAGCUUCAGACUGAAAAGGAAGCUUUAGAUCUCAAAUAUCAGCUAAGCUUGAACAAACUAUCAAGAUUCGAGAAGGAACUCAACGAUGCUCAAAAGGAUGUUAGAGGGUUUGAUGAACGUGCUUGCAAAGCUGAGAUUGAGAUUAAAGUACUCAAGGAGUCUCUUGCAAAGCUAGAGGUUGAGAGAGAUACAGGGCUUCUUCAGUAUAGUCAAUCUAUGGAGCGAAUAGCGGAUUUGGAAGCAUCGGUUUCUCAUGAGCAAGAAUUCGCGAAGGAGCUCACUGACAGAGCAUCUGAAGCAGAAAGAGAAGCCAGUAGUCUCAAGAAAGAGCUUUCAAGAUUGCAAUCUGAGAAGGAAGAUGGCUUGCUCCGAUACAAUAAGUGCAUUGAGCUGAUAUCUGCUUUAGAGAAGAGAAUUAGAGAUUCAGAGGAGAGUGUUGAAAUGUACAGGGACAAAUCUGAGCAAGCGGAAAAUGAAAUCAGAGCUUUAAAACAAGAACUUCUGAAGUUGAAUGAAGUGAAUGAAGACUUGAGUGUUCGGUAUCAACGGUGUUUGGAGAUAAUAUCGAAUCUAGAGAGAGAAGUUUCUAAUGUUCAAGAAAAUGCGAAAAGACUGAGCAGUGAAGUUCUUGCUGGAGCAGCAAAGGUGAAGACUGUGGAGGAACAGUGUGCUCUUUUGGAGAGCUUCAAUCAGAACCUGAAGCUAGAAGCAGAUGAUCUAGCUCACAAAAUGUCAGCUAAAGAUCAAGAAGUCGACCAGAAGCAAAAAGAGAUUGUAAAGCUUCAAGAUUUAAUGGAAGAAGAACACUUGCGGUUUUCAGAACUCGGAGCUAGCCUUAAAGAUCUUGAGAGUUUGCAUUCUCAAUCACAAGAGGAGCAGAAAGUUCUCACCUUGGAACUUCAUAGCAAGAUUCAGAUGUUUGAAGAAGAAAACCGAAGCUUGAGCGCAUCAAACGAAUCUUCUGAAAUCACUUUGCAGAUUCAGAAAAAUGAGAUCUCUUGCUUGAAGAAGAUGAAAGAAAAGCUCGAGGAAGAAGUUGCAAAACAGAUGAACCAGAGCAGUGCUCUUCAAGUAGAGAUCCAUCGCGUUAAGGGUGAUAUCGAAAACUUGAAUAGGAGAUACCAACAGUUAAUUGACCAAGUGAGGCUCACAGGUUUGGAUCCUGAGUCCUUUGUUUACUCCGUGAAGAAACUACAACACGAGAACUCGAAGCUCCUUGAGUUGUGCACCAAACAGAGAGAUGAUAAAGAUGCUCUUACAGGAAAGCUCUGUGUAAUGGAUAACAUUAUAAGGAGGAAUGCUGAUAUGGAGAAACGUCUUUUGGAAUCAAACACUAAACUAGAUGGUUACAAAGACAAAACAGAGGAUCUGCAAGAAAGAUGCGAGUCUUUACGAGGAGAGAAACAUGAGCUUGCUGCUGAGAGAGCUAACUUGUUUUCUCAGUUACAAAUCAUGACUGUAAAUAUGCAGAAGCUCUUGGAGAAGAACUCUGUACUGGAGAGAUCCCUUUCAGUUGCAAACAUUGAGCUUGAGAGUCUAAGAGAUAAGUCAAAGUGCUUUGAAGAUUUCUUCAUAUUGCUCAAGAACGAUAAGUCUGAACUUAUAAAGGAAAAAGAAUCUCUUAUCUCUCAGUUGUAUAAGGUUGAGGAGAAGCUAGGUACCUUGGAGAAGAAGUUUACAGAGCUUGAAGUAAGAUAUGCAGAUUUACAGAGCGAGAGAAACCUUCAAGUAGAAGAGUUACAAGUCUCACUUGCCACUGAGAAGCAGGAGCGCGCUGAUUACAAAAGAUCGACUGAUAUCAGAUUAGCAGAUCUUCAGAGGAACGUGAGCGUUCUUCUAGAAGAGUGUCGCUCAAGGAAAAGAGAGUUUGAGGAAGAGCUUGACAGGGUUGUAAACAAACAGGUAGAGAUCUUCCUCUUGCAAAAGAUCAUACAAGACUUGGAGCAGAAGAAUCUCUCUCUUCUGAUUGAGUGUGACAAGCAUGUCGAAGCAUCUGAGUUUUCGGAGAAACUCAUUUCCGAACUAGAAAGUGAGAAUCUUGAGCAGCAGAUGGAAGCAGAGAUCUAUUUAGAUGAGAUUGAUAGCUUGAGAGGUGCAAUAUACCAAGUGGUAAAGGCACUUCAAGUUGAAGCAGAUUGUAAGAAUUCAGAACAGAAGAUUACGAAAGAUCAAACUUCAAGUGUUUUAAGAGAGAUCAAUGGCCUAAAACGUUCACUUUCAAGCGCUGAAUAUGAGAGGCAGCGACUUGUUGUUGAGAACUCGGUGCUCUUAUCUAUACUUGAACAGUUUGGAUCAGAUGGUUUGGUGCUGAAGUCGGAGAAGAACAUCCUGGAAAAGGAUCUAAAGACUAUAAUACAUCAGUGUGGAAUGCUGGAAAAGAAUAACAAAGAGAUACUGGGGGAGAACCGGUUCUUGAAAUCAAAACUGAUCAAAAGAGAGCAGCAGGAGCAAGAGCUAAGAGCUGAAUUGCAAACAGAGCAUUCAAAGUUUGAGAGUUUGCAUGAGUCAUACAUGGUUUUGCAACAAGGUUAUACUCAUACACUCAAUGAAAACAAAGAUUUGCUUCUGAAAUUCUCAGAGCUUAAAGAUGGAAUGCGUGUAGUUGAGGAAGAAAACGGCGCACUUCUUGAGGAAGCGGUUGCUUUGAGCAACAUGUGUGUGGUUUACAAGUCCUUUGGGUCUGAAAUGGCUGAGAAGGUCGAAGACUUUGUCGAAAUUAGUGCCGGCCUGAAGCAAAUAGUUGAGACACUUGAGGAGAAGUUAAAAGGUAAAGCGGAAGAAACUCAAGGUCUUAACAAGAUGCUUGAGAAAUUACAAGAAGGCCUUGAAGAAGACAACUUCUUGAAUGGACUCUUGGAAGAGAAAGUUUUCGAUGUAGACGAUAUCUUGGAACAUAGGCAAAUGGAGAUCCUAGAAGCAGAGCAUAUGCUCAAGGCUACACACAAUGAAAAUGAAGAACUGCACAAAGAAGUUGAGGAGCUGAGGAAAGACUGCGAAGAAUCAAGACGAGUGAGAGGAAAUUCUGAGAGGUGGAUUUUCGAAAUGUCGGAUCUUGCUGGGAGACAAGAGGAAGAGAUUACAAAACUCAACACUCUGAAUGAGAAUCUGGUGUCAGAGGUAGAGUUUCUACGCAACGAGAUCCAACAACAACAAGUUCGAGAAGAGUUCUUGAGUUUGGAGCUGCAAGAGAAAAGCAAUGAGGUUGGACUUUGGGAUGCUGACGCAACAUCUUUCUACUUUAACCUUCAGAUCUCAGGUGUCCGUGAAAUCUUUCUUGAGGAAAAAGUUAACGAACUCACCGGUGUUUGUGAGAAACUCAAAGACGAAUCUGUUGCAAAGACGAAGAAGAUAAAACAGAUGAAGGACACAGUUGGAUAUUUGGAGUCUCAAGUGACUGAGCUAAAGACUCAAUUGUCAGCUUAUGAUCCUGUGAUAUCAUCUUUAUCAGAAGAUGUAAAAUCUCUUGAGAAAAGUACUCAAGCCUGUCAACAAAGAGAGGUAAACUUUCUCACUCACUAUUGA